UUGCUGGGUGAGCUGAGUCCUGGGCUGUGACAGGCACGGAAUAUAAUUAAGAGGUGAAUAAUAUGUACUGGAUUAAUCAGAAAAGGCAGGACUGAACAGGACGAAGCAACUAAAAUUUCUCUUGGGGAGAGUAGCACUAAAAUGAUAGUGUACAAAGGGGUUUACAAGAUAUAAGCCACAAGAAAGAAGAGGACUGGAGAAAAGUACACAGCAGAUGGGAGAUCUCAGUAAAUUUUGGAAGCCAGAAGUUGGAUGGAGUAGAGAUGCAGUUAUACCUCGGUAUCUUUGGGGGAUUGCUUCCAGGACCUCCUUUGGAUAACACAAUCCAUGGAUAUUCAAGUUCCUUACAUAAAAUGGUGAAGUACAGUCUGCCCUCCUUAUGACCGGGUUCCACAUCCACAGGAAUGGAAGGCCGACUGUAAUUGACUUGGCAAAUUGGGAGAGGGGCUAACCUAAGUGCUUGGAGGAGACAGCAUUUGGAGGUGCACUGUAUGGUGGAAGGCAGGUUGAGGAAUAAACCUGAAGAAGGGGGAUUGACCAAAGUUGUUUACAAAGCUCUUGGACCACUGGUUCUCCUCCCCACCUCAUACAGCCAGCCUGCACUCAGGCACUCCACCCUGACUGUACCACUACCAACACAAUCUUUCUGUGAAGUAUGAAAUUUCUUUUCUGGAGAAAGGAGUUUAUUUUUUGAUGGAGAGUUCCCAUAACAAAAGAGCUAAUCAGAGAAUGGGAAAGAAAAAUAUGUCUGAAAUAGAAACUUUAGAAGGUUGGAAGAUAAAGUUAAGUAAUUCUCCUGGUCCAGAAUUUCUCAGCCUUGGCAUGACUGACAUUUGUGGCUGGAAAUUCUUUGUCGUGGGAGGCUGUCCUGUGCAUUGUUACAGGCUUAGCAGCCUCCCUGGCCUUUACUCACUAGAGGCCAGUGCCUGCCCCUUUUUCCUGUGGUGACCACCAAAAAUAUCACUAGACAUUGCCAAAUGGCUGGGGUGGGGAGAAUCAACUCUCCCUCCCUGCCAUUUUUUUUUUAUUAUUUAUUUAUUGGCUGCGUUGGGUCUUUGCUGCUGCGGGCAGGCUUUCUCUAGUUGCAGUGAGUGGGGGCUACUCUUCGUUGCUGUGCGCGGGCUUCUCAUUGUGGUGGCUUCUCUUGCUGUGGAGCACAGGCUCUAGGCACACAGGCUUCAGUAGUUGUGGCAUGCGGGCUCUAGAGCACAGACUCAGUAGUUGCGGCGCACGGGCUUAGUUGCUCUGCAGCAUGUAGGAUCUUCCUGGACCAGGGCUCGAACCCGUGUCUCCUGCAUUGGCAGGCGGAUUCUUAACCACUGCGCCACCAGGGAAGUUCCCCUCCCCCCAAUUUAGAAUCUCUGUCUUAGUAGAAAAGAAAGAUGCAGAGAUAAUCAAUCAGAUAAAACGACAAUAAAUCUAGAGAAUAAUAUUGAAGUCCCAACAUCCUAGUAACAAGAGCUCACAAAGAGAGAACAAGAAAAUGGGAGGGAGGAAAUUAGCAAAGAAAUAAUAAAAGAAAAUAAUUGCAGAUAAGAUCAAAAGAACCCCUGAGUAUCCAGCACAAUCAAUGAAAAAAGAACCAUUCUAAGGUACAUCACUGUGAACUUUUAGACUACUAGAGAUAAUGGGACGAUUCUAGAAGGAAAAAUAGGUCAGAUACAGAGGAAUGGGAACUAGAAAGGUAUUAGACAUUGCAGUGGCAACACUGAAAGUAAAAGACAGUGGAACAGUGCUUUUAAAAUGCUAAGGGAAAAUGAUCUUCAGUUUAUCCAAAUUAUCAAUCAAGGAUGAGAAUAGAAUAAAGACAUUUUCAGACAGUCAAGCCCUCUAAAAAUUUAUCUUCUAUGCACCCCUUCUGAGUAAGCUGCUGGGGUCUGUGCUUUAGCAAAGUAAAAGAAUAAAUGAAAAAUCACGUGUUUGGGCAUUAGAAGAUAUUAUUAUUAUUUUUAAAAUAAAUUUAUUUAUUUUAUUAUUUAUUUAUUUAUUUAGGCUGUGUUGGGUCUUUUGUUGCUGUGCACGGGGUUUCCCUAGUUGCGGUGAGCAGGGGCUACUCUUCGUUGCAGUGCACGGGCUUCUCAUUGCGAUGGCUUCCCUUGUUGCGGAGCAUGGGCUCCAGGCACAUGGGCUUCAGUAGCUGUGGCACACAGGCUCUAGAGCACAGGCUCAGCAGUUGUGGCGCACGGGCUUAGCUGCUCUGCAGCACGUGGGAUCUUCCCAGACCAGGGCUUGAACCCGUGUCCCCUGCAUUGGCAGGCGGACUCCCAACCACUGUGCCACCAGGGAAGCCCUAGAAGAUAUUAUUGAUGGGCAUUUGAUAGUUACAUUGAAGCAUCUGGAUAAAAUUCAGGUUAGGUACAUUUUUUUAAAAGUGAAAAAAUAAAGCAAUUUUUAACUCCAGAAAGAACAGGAGAUUUUCAAGAAAAGCGUUAUUAUGGUAACUUACUUGAUUCAGCAACACCCUAUAUUUGUAUUGUCAAGAUGGUACAACCCUAACUGCUGACUUGAACGAGAGUCGGGAUGUGGCUAUGUCAGAAGGAAGGGUGAGGGCAAAGUGGGUGGUGGUGUGUAUAAAAGAGCUAAAUACUCAAAUACCAUGACAAGAAGUCAAUAAGUAAUGUCUAAACCUGAAAAUCAAGAAACAUUGGUAUAAGUUUAUCAUUUAGGAAAUGAAGAACACCUAGCAGGGUUGUGGGGAACUGGGGUGAAGCUAGGUGGGGGAGAAGUUGGUCAGGGGACUGAUGGGACUCCUGGAUAUUUUUUGUUAAAAGCCUUUAAGAACCACUUGAAUUUUCACUUAACUGUAUUACUUUCAUUAAAAAUAAAAAUAGAGACAAAAGUAAGACAUAUAUAUUAUGGGAAGAAAAUAAGAGAACCAGGGAUCGAACCAGUGUCCCCUGCAUUGGCAGGUGGAUUCCUAACCACCUUGCCACCAGGGAAGCCCCUGGAAGAGGUAGUCUUGAUGCAGAUUCCUGAGAUAAUGUGUGUAAUCUGUACUUGCAGGGCUGAUCCCACUGAUGUGCACCUACAACCAUCCUGUCCGUGGAUAGUUACGAAAUACCUGUGUGAGUGCAUAGACAGAACAAUUCUAUCUUUUUGAUCCAGGACACCCGGAAGUUUUUGAGGCCGUAUUUAACAGAUGAGAAAAUUGAGGCAUAGAGAAAUCAGGUUGAAGAAGUAUGGAUACCAACACCAUAUUGGUCAUCAGCGCUGGUUUUACCAGCUUUUUCACCUUUCAGCUUCUUUUCCACUUUGUAAGUUAUUGGUUUUCAGCAAAAGUUUCUCCAGGUUUUAAUAAUCUCAACUUCGAAAAGAAGAUUGAAUGGAACUCAAGGGUAGUGUCUACGUGUCAUUCUUUGGUGGUUGGGGUUAUUGGCUUGUACAUAUUCUUGUUUGAUGAGGCUACUAUUGCUGAUCCACUUUGGGGUGAUCCAUCUCUUGUGAAAGUGAAUAUUGCUAUUGCCUCAGGCUACCUCAUUUCUGAUUUGUUGAUUCUCAUUUGGUAUUGGAAAGUGAUUGGUGACAAGUAUUUUAUAAUUCACCAUUGUACAGCGCUGUAUGCAUACUACUUUGUACUGAGGGAUGGAGUGCUGGGAUACAUUGGGAAUUUUCGCCUGCUUGCAGAACUUUCCAGCCCUUUUGUGAAUCAGCGGUGGUUCUUUGAGGCUCUGAAGUAUCCUAAGUUUUCCAAGGCUAAUGUCAUCAAUGGAAUACUCAUGACCAUGGUGUUCUUCAUAGUGCGGAUUGCCUCAAUACCUCCUUUUUAUGGCUACAUUUACUCUGUGUUAGGAACAGAAGCCUACCUGAGGCUUGGAUUUUUAAUUCAGUGUUCCUGGAUCUCUACUUGUGUUGUUUUGGAUGUAAUGAAUGUCAUGUGGAUGAUCAAAAUUUCAAAGGGGUGCAUCAAAGUCAUCUCUCUCAUAAGACAAGAGAAAGCCAAAAAGAGUCUUCAGAAUGGAAAACUUGACUAAAAGUGGGCUAUUGAUAAGCAUACUUCGUGAUUACCCACAUUAUAUCUUCUGAUAGGUUGAAUUCUUGGCAUGUUCUUGUGCUUCUUUAUUAAUUAUACUUGUUAUUCUUGGUUUCAAUGUCCUUUUUUUCCUAACUGUUAGAAAAGAGAAACUAAAAUUUAGUUUUUAUCUGAAGAUUUAUUUUCUGAUAUUCUUCGGCAUUGUAAGCAUGGAUAAAAUCUUAAAGGUUUAAAUAAAAAUGUAUAAAUAUGGUGGUGAAUCUUUUUAGAAACCUGUUAACCAGCAUUGGUAUUUUUCUCUGUGAAAACAUGACUAUGCUAAUUUGGUGCACUUGGUUUUAUGUCACCGAUUUUGCUGAAAGAAUGGGAACUGCUUUUAAAUCUGUAGAUAGCUCUCUACAUUUUGUUUUAUUGCACUCAUUUCUUACUAUGGCUGUCAAUACCUGUGUAGUGUUUAAUUUCCAAAUUGUUGAAAUGUUCUUUUUCUUAGGCUAUUAGAAGUGAUGUCUUUUUCAUUUAGAUAUGCUGUCAUCUACUAAUACUGAAGUAUUUUGCUUAUUUGGGGAAUCUUUAAUUAGUUAAAUUAUGGAAAAUAUUUCUUGCAUUUUCAGAUUUUUCUGACAUCACUUUAUUAUUUCUAUUUUAAACAUUUUUUCAAAUUAUUGCUUUUUUCUUUUGUAGUAAAGCUUAAGACCAAUCUAAUAGAGCUCCUUAAGAGAUGAAUUCUUCCUCCUAAACAUGCAUGUUCUAGAUGACUAUUUGGGCUAAUAGGAGGAAUCAUUAAGAAAAAAGCUUUAACACUGCUGUCUCUAUCUGCGUCCCUUGCACUUUUUCUACGAAAAAUAUAUUCUUUCUAUUUGCAAAACCUCCCGAGUUCAGAACCCAACAUCGUUAGCACCAAAAUCUUAUGCAAUAUGUAUUUAUCAUGCUCCUAAGGUAGGCCUCUUCUUGAUGAGACCAAGACUACAAAACAAAAUCAGUAUUCAUAUUUUACUCACAAUUUACACCCAUGCUUUUGCUUAACCAGCACUUUGAGUGCUUUGAAUUUGUGUCUUUCCUAAAGGAUAGGAAAACAAUAGAUAAUUUAAUCCAAGCAUUCUGAUUAUCAAUAUUAUUGCUUUAUCUGAGGAUAAAUGACUGGUGACUUAUUUUUUCUGUUUGUGGGUAUGUUUGUGUUUGCUUUGGUCCUUACAACCCAAAUAUAGAAUUAUAUAGUUAGCUAUUAUUGCCUUUAUUUAUUUUUCUCAAGUACUUUAAUGAUCAUCCUUACCUAAGGAAAAGAAUUAAUCAGCGGUAAAUACUAGAAUUUAGUUGAACCCAAACCAGAAGAUCUAAUUCAUUCCGUUUGAAGGAGAAUGUGUGACUUACUCUUAGUGUCCAUGUUAUGAUGAGGAAGGGAGGCUAGCUGGAUAUUUCAGGACUUCUGAUUUGAUGGGAUUUGAUUGAUUUGACUGUCCCAUGCAGAUGGGGCCUGAUACAUUGUAGAACAUUUGAAGAAGGUAAUUGAGAUCUCGGUCAGUAACUAAAUGAAAAAUUGAAAUUGAUUGGCUUAUACCAGGUACACUUAUUUUUGAAAGACUUAAUUAAAGAAAUAUAAAAUAUAGGUAUUUGUUUUUAAAUCUGCUAAUAUUACAUUGAUAAUUUGUUACUAAAUUUAGUGCCUUCUACACAUAGGCACUUAAACAGGUAUUGGUUGUUUAGCAGGGGUAGGAAAGCACGUGGUUUUAUCUUGUUCUUUUCUUGCUCUUUUGCAAGAAAAAUGGCUUUUUAAAAGGAAAACAUUUAUAUUAGAAAACUAUUUUGGAAAUUCAUUCCUUUAGGAAGAAACAAAACUUGAAAUAAAUAUUUUUGACUUUGGAUAUUUCUGUAGCUUCUGAACACAGAUUUUAAACCCACCAUCAAAAGGAAGAUAAUAUAGGGCUUCCCUGGUGGCGCAGUGGUUGAGAGUCCGCCUGCCGAUGCAGGGGACACGGGUUCGUGCCCCGGUCCGGGAAGAUCCCACAUGCUGCGGAGCGGCUGGGCCCGUGAGCCAUAGCCGCUGAGCCUGUGCGUCCGGAGCCUGUGCUCCGCAACGGGAGAGGCCACGACAGUGAGAGGCCCGCAUACCAUAAAAAAAAAAAAGGAAGACAAUAUAAAGCUAUAUAUUAGUGAGUUUCAAUAUAGCAAUUUCCAUUUUUAUAGUUAUUUCAUGCUUAAAACUUCAUUUUUGCUUUCACCAACAGCACCUUUCUGCAGUAUAACCCCUCACUAAGUGUAAUUAAAAUAUCAAUGUGUUGAACUAAAGUUUGUUAUUCCCUUAGUCAGCAAUUCUUAUUUUAUGCUGGCUGCACGAUAGUUAAUUUAAUAUCCAGAUUUAAUAUCCAAAAGUAGUUUCUAUGCAUUUCCUCAUAAAACAGACAUGAAAUGAAAAAGACACUGCAAGCUGCCAUGCUACUUGAAGUCAGAUCUUUACAGGAGCUAUACUUUGCUGUUCUGUGAUUGUAUCCACCUACGUAAGAUACAAGUAGUUAAAGACAGAACAUUUCAUUUGUUAAAUGAUGAAUUUUUUCAUUUAUUAAAUGACAAACUUUUGCUAGACAUUUUACGUAUUAAAUAUUUUGACUACAUGGAUUCAUUUAAAUGAUUCUAUUAGGCAUUCUGAUAUUUAACAACUUAAAAUAUUUAUAGAAAAUGAAAGCAAAUUGGUAUAAAUUUUUAAGCAACUCUAUUUUUGUAGAAAAAGAUUAGUGACAACCUGUAACUAUAAAGAUGUUCUCUGAACGUGUAGUACUCUAGAAAAUAAAAAUUCUUACAAAAUUUUGAAAAUGAAUGAAAAUCAACAAAAUAACAUGCAAGAUCAUAGACUGCAUUAGAUAUUUUAUUUGGGAGAAUUUAGAAAUUAUGAGCUUUAGUUUAUAGCGUCUGCAUUAUUGUGCCUAAAAUCUUUUUAAUGAAUAUUAUUUGCAUUUAUUUAAAACAAUAUGGAGUUAUAUCUGAAUGCAAAGAAAUGAACUCCUGCUUAAAUUGUCUUGAUACAUCAUAGUAAGUUGAAAUGUAAUUUUUAUUCCAACUGUUCGUUUUGGUAUUUCAUGGAUUAGCCGUAUGUUAAGAGAAAUAAUGUCCUCACCAUUCCUAAGAGUGACUGAUAUACUGUGGAUGACCCAGUACUGUUGUAAAGGACUAGUUUUAGAAACUACCUAGUUUAUAGGUGUUUGAAUCAAAUUCUUUUCUAAAUUUUAAUAACCUAUUUGACUCAAAUCAAAAUUUUGCUAAAAGUAUCAGUUUUUAAAUUGUAUGCUUUCUCUGAGGUGCAUUGGGCAUUUGGAGAAUGGUUCUUCCCUUUACUGUUGGUUACACCAGUUGUUAUCAUGUAUUUAGAAAUAUUCUUCUCAUGGAGAUAUACAGGGGAAAAAUGUGUUGUAAUAUUCAUGUUUGUUCUGCUUCAUUUUUAAGGAAAAUAAACAUGUUCCAAAAGACACUAUUAAAAUAAGUGAACAAAUUUCAGUUUCUAGGUUACUCUUCACUCCAAAUAUGUAAAUAUACAUUUGAAUUGGCUUUAAGUGGUUUAAUCUGUUGGAUGAAAUUGAAAAUUCCAUGUCAUUGUUGACAUCAUCAAUUAUACUUCAUAGAAGACUAUGUAUUUAUGUGUUUUGGAUUCCAUAAGAAGCAAACUGGUAUAAUUUUAUCAGAAGUGUGGUACAGUAUGUCUCGACAGGUACAAACCAGCACAGCAGCGAGACCCCUCCUGUGCUGAGAGGCCUGGGGCACACACACACACCUUCCCAGCCUUAACCACAGCAGGUUGACAAUAGACACACUAAACCUACUGAAAGUGAAUUCUGACUUGAAAAACACGUGUGAUAUGUGUGAGAACAAGGAAAAGCCAGCAGGACCUGGAGUUGGAGGAGACAGCAUGACUGAUUUGCCCUUAAGAGCCAUGAUGCUCCUCCUUCAAUCCAGAAGUUUUCUCUCUGAAUCCCUUGAGCCUUCCAUCUCUUCCUCCUAAUACCCUAAAGACUUCAUCAGCACCUCCCUCCUUUAUACUAACACCUUUGUAUGUCAACUUUUGAGACCUCCCCAUACCUGUAAGCUUGCCAGUCUAUUGUGGCAAAUUUAAAAGUUCACAAGUGUGUUCUUUCAUUGAAAAAAAAACCCCAAAAACAUUGCAGUAAGUUUCAGUAGUGAACAAACCAUAAUUUAUUAAGAGGCUAUAGGAAGCCACUUAACAUUUAAUAAUACUUAUUUACAACACCAAGCAAAGCUUAUAAUGUUAUGGUUUUAUUGAGAAACACCCGUAGUCUCUUUCUUAAACUGGCUUAACAAUAAGAGCUUUAUAACAUGUUUCAGCUGGGGAUUCAUUGCGAGCAUGUAAAUUAUCUAAAUGUUCUUCCUCAGACCCUCUGACAGGCAGAGGAGGAACCGAGGUAGCUGUGUGUUAUGAGGAGGGUGUGCUGGCCUGUGGCAGCAUUACUGAGUCCUGCUCUUUCAUCAAGCAAACUCAGUUAUGGUCCUGUUUCUUUUAAAAACAAGCUUAUAGCGAGUGGAUUACUCAGGGUGUUUUCCAAAGUACAACACCCAAGGAUUUGAGCCCUGUCCCUUUUUAGCCCAGACCUCUUAACUAUCUCUGUUAGCUUUGAUAAGGUCAUACCUUUCUUUGGAAGAUAUUUUGGGUGGCAGUGAAGCUAAAGAUUGGUUUGUUUGCAUUGAAAAUGUUUACACUGAUUCCCUGUAAGCAGUAGACAGUUUUGAAAUCAGGCCCGAUAUUUAAGACCAAAAAAAAAAAAAAAAAAAUUUCUAAAUCUCAAAGAUAUAAAUACCUCUGGCUGAAAACUCGUUAAUUAUUAUCUGUAUGUUUUUUCCUUUAUAUCUUUAUGUAAUUCUUUCUGUAAUUAAGUGUGCAUUAAGGUAUUUGCCACUUCUUGGUUAAUGAAGCGUAAAAAUAUAACUAAAUAAAAUAUGCCCUAUAUUUUUCUGUUUCUUGCUUGGUUUGCUUCUAAUACGAUUAUGUCUACUUUUUACUCAAGGAAUUUUUGCAUAGAUAAUACUCUUACUAACUUGUAACUGGGAUGAGUUAUGAGAUUUGGGGGUAAUUAUUUGAUUUUGUAAUAAUAACUUUUAGACAUAGAUUUAAUUUGAAAAAGUUACUUGAAACCUGAAGUAAAUGUGACAGCUAUAGUGAUACACAAUUUUUCUCUGAGAAUAUAUCACAUUAAUAUUUAAUUGUCAAAGAUUUUAGAAGUCUUUCAAAAUACAUUUAUUAACUUUGAGAACACACCUUCUAAUGUACUUCCAUAAGGCUGAAGAACUUUUAUUUACAGAAUGUAAGACUUGGUAAUUUACAAAUCAGUGUUACUCAGAUUUAUCAGAUAUUAAAAUAGCAACUUAGUAUUCUUGUUUUGUUUCUGGUGGUGCUUUGGAGGGGUUAGUGGACAUCUUUAGGUAUUUCCCUUAAAAUUUUGAAAUGUUUGUAUACUUUGUAUGUGUGCCAUUUUAAAGUAUAUGCAAGUUCUAAGCAAUAAUCUGCAUGUUAUACAAGGUUUGCAUUACUUUGUCAUGACAAUUUUAUUAUUUUAAGAAUGUAUAAAAUCAAUAUCCUAUAUAUAAAUCACUCCAAACCCACCCCCCAAUGAAAACACUGGGAUUUUCUUGUGUUAGAACACUACUAAUAAUGUGGUGCAAAGCUUUGUAUUUUGUGAAAAAAAUAAAAUCACAAUUAUUUAGUGCAAAA